CCGUAUCGCGGCUCGCAGCUGCAGUGAGCGUCGGUGUACGUAAAAUGGCGGACGGUGACAUUGAUUUGUACGCCGACGAUCUCGAGCAAGAUUUCGCGCAGGUAAUUCGCAUUUCUCUUUGAUAGCAAUUAAAAGUACAGGACCGCGUUCUUUCUUUCUCUCUCUCUCUCUUCCCGUUCGAUCGGAAGGAAAUGAAGGAACGAGCCGCGCUCUGACACUGUUCACAGUUCACACGCUUCGACGAUCGCGACGCGCCAUAUCGUGCCGCGCCGCAACUGUGUGAGAGCGAACGAGCGAACUGAGCGAUCAUCGUUCGGCGUCGAUUCCGCGCGCGGCCCGAGACCGCGGCUGAAGUGUGUCGGCGUCAUGGUGGACGGGCGACCGUCGCUAACGAUCGGCUCGCGUCGCUGAUCUCCCUCAUCGUGAACAUUUUACUGUGUGCCGUCCCUCCUCCCCCCGCGCGCACGUCCGGCACGUCGCUCGAGCCGGCGGCGGGCGACUACUCCGAGGAACCGGAGGAACGAACGCCGAGCGGCCGCGUGCGCGCGCCCGCGCGCGCGAACGCGAACGAGCGUACGAAACCUACUGCGAACGGAACGAACGAGCGAAUUAGUUGUAGCGAGCACGCAUAUACAAAGACGAGAGAGCUUCACUCCAAGAGUGUUACCUCCUUCUUGUUGCCGCGCAGUUGACCGAUCCCGCCUGUCUAGCUAGUGCCUGCCUGCUGCCGUCGAUCGCGCGCGUACCCGUGUACCCGUUCCCCGGAGCUAAGCGCUAAAACAGUAAUACGGGUUCGCAACAGGAAUCGACCGCAAAAUGGUGCUAGCGUCGAAGUGUACGAUUGGUUGAUCGGUUGAACCACAAGGUGCGCAGGAAGUCGCGUGUAAUAAGAAAAUGGACGAAUUCGCGGGUGAUGGCGUUGAUCUUUACGACGACGUGAUUGCCGCUCCAGCAGGUGGCAAUGGCGGCGUCUCUUCCGGAAAUACCGGAGAGGGUGGUGGCGAUACCACGUCCCCGAAUGAGGAAACUAAUGGGAACGCGCCUUAUCACCAACUUGGCAAUAAUAUACAGCCGAAUCAAAUUGGAAGACGACAUCAGUUAUACGUUGGCAACUUGACAUGGUGGACAAGUGACCAAGAUAUAACCGAUGCUGUUCAAAGCAUUGGGGUGUCUGACUUUGUGGAAGUAAAGUUCUUUGAGAACCGUGCCAAUGGCCAAUCCAAAGGUUUCUGUGUGAUAUCCUUGGGCUCAGAGCAGAGCAUGAGAAUAUGCAUGGAGAGGCUGCCUAAAAAGGAGUUGCAUGGGCAAAAUCCCGUAGUAACUUUUCCUACUAAACAGGCUCUCAAUCAGUUUGAGUCGCAGUGUAAGACGCGACCUGCUCCGGCUCCGCAGCAGAGUCAGAGCCAACGUCCUCAUAACCCACAUCAACAUCAGCCCCCAAUGCCACCUCAUCAACAGCAUCCCCAACACCCUCAACAUCCGCAACAUUCGCAACAAAAUCACGGUCCUAGAAUGAUGAUGGGUCCUCCACAAGUAAGGCCGCAAAGAAUGCCGCCACCCGGAAUGGGUCCACCAGGGCCCGGUGGACCAGGUCAGCAAGGUCCGCCACGUAUGCAUGGUCCGCCGUUAGGACCAGGCCCAGGACCGCAUCAUCCGUUGCCUGGUCAUCCUAAUCAAGGUCCGCCACCUGGCUAUCAGCAGGGACCGUGGAACGGACCGCGUCCAAAUGGUCCUCCAGGACCGCCUCGAGGACCUAGUGGAGGUCCACCUCAACAAGGGCCACCUGGACCAGGUCCCGGUCAGCAUAGACCCCCUGGAAUGAGUGAAAUAGAACCUUCAUCUGUCUUCAUUCAGCAAUUUCACGGUGGUCCACCCGGGCCUCCUGGUCAAGGACCUCCACGUGGGCCUCCUGGACAUCCUGGUGGACCUCCAGGGGAUCCCAGAGGUGCGCAGCCUCGUCCUGAAUGGAAUAGACCACCAGGAAUGCAUCAUGGGCCUCAGGGACCACCAGGUUUCCCUCAACAUCAACAUAUGCAAGGGCCGCAGCCUGGCCAAGGCCCACCACAGAGAGGACCUCCUCCAGGUUCUAUGGGUGGUCCAGGCGGGCCGCCUCCGGGACACGGUGGGCCACCACAAGGUCCUCCUCAGGGACCACCGGGUGGCCCUGCACCCCAUGUCAAUCCCGCAUUCUUUCCGCAAGGACCACCUCAUCAACAUCCCGGUCAACAUCCACCGGGACCUCCUGGUCCGCCUCAUGGCCCACCACAUGGGCCGCCUCACGGUCCUCCUCAUGGUCCACCUCAUGGCCCACCUCAUGGACAAUCACACGGACCGCCACAUGUACCACCACACGGUUAUGGCCCACCAAGUGCACAAGCUCCUUAUGGAGCACCUGGGCCUGAUCAUCGCCCGGAAGGUCCACCGCCGCUCACUGAGCAAGAAUUCGAGGAAAUAAUGGGCCGUAAUCGUACAGUGUCGUCGUCCGCAAUCGCACGAGCGGUAUCUGACGCCGCGGCAGGCGAAUAUGCAAGUGCCAUAGAGACCUUGGUGACUGCUAUCUCGCUGAUAAAACAGUCCAAGGUAGCCGCAGACGACAGAUGCAAGAUCUUGAUCAGUUCUCUUCAAGAUACCCUACGCGGUGUUGAAACGAAGAGCUAUGGGUCCGGACGUAGAGAGCGUUCACGUUCGCGUGACAGAGAGCGCAGUCAUAGGAGACGACGCGAGCGGUCCAGGAGUCGGGACCGUGAAUAUCGUGAACGUAGCAGAGACCGCGAGCGGGAUCGUGAUCGCGAGAGAGAACGGGAUCGUGAUAGGGACAGGGAACGUUAUUACAGCGAGCCAUAUCCGAGAGAACGUUCCCGCAGCAGAGAAAGAGAGCGUGAACGUGAAAGAGAUCGUGAAUAUAGAGAGCGAAGCAGAGAAGAAAGUACAACACGUCAGUCAGCCAGGCCAAGAGUAAAAGAGGAACCGCCAGAGACGGCGCCCGUCUCGUCUUCCAAGGCGACUAGAUCCUCUAUUGCUGGACUUGUAAGGAAGAAAUCAAGGAGAAACGUAUUAUCUUUAGGUAUUAUGACGAUCGCUACAGAGAACGCGAGCGAGAUCGAGAACGAGAAUCGAGCCGGAGACCAUCCGAGCGGGAACGGGAACCGGAACGGGAACGUGAACGUGAACGAGAACGGGAUCGUCGGGAUGAACGUGGAGACUCCUCGCAUCGCUCAAGACACUAAAACAAAAGGAAAGAAAGAAGCACUGAAGACGAUGCGAGCAAGGCAUGUCAACAUGACAUAGGAUCGAUGAUGAAGCAGUAAAUGCAACAACAUACACACUCACACACUGCGAUCCUCGUCUUUUAAUUCUCUUGAAGUAUAAAGUAUAUUACGAACAUUUUUGACAUCCAAAGAUUUAUUCAUGAUUAUUAAUGACACGCGGCAUUAUCGAGGAACAUUGUAGGAUACACGGUAAAAGGGUAAUUUCGAGAUUUGCUUAACGAAUAGUAUGAAGAUUUAAUAGACUCCACAUAGAAUUCUGAACGUUAUUGUCUUGUUUCGAAAUAACCGAACUCAAGUUUUCGGUAUAGAGUUGCCGUGAAAUCUCUUCAUUAAUCGCGGAGUCCUUUUGUCUUACGUAUGUAUUAAUAUUAUAAUGUACUACAUGUAUACACAUAUACAUAUAUCCACUGUAACUGUGUUAUGAUUAAGGAAAUAUUCAUUUAGUCAGAGAGAGGGUUUGUAAACGAAUAGUUAUCGCGUAUGAGUGUCGAAGGGAAGGUAAGAAGGAAAAAAAAAAGACAUCUUGAUUCGAGAUCGUCCGAGAUAUGAUUCGCAGUGACAAGAAACAGAACGAGAGCAAGAUGCGUCAAGAACAAGAGAAGGAAGAACGAAGAUAUCUACGCGAGAAAACCAUCAGCCUCCUUCUGCACGGACGAUUCAAGAUUGUAUCUUAACGUAAUACAUAUAUACGCUUUCAAAAAAAAAAAAAAAAUAUAAAUGCUAAACAUGUCUUUACUUUAUUCAUCUGUACACACAAAUUCCUGAUAAUAAGAAAAAGAGAGAACUAUGUUUUUGUUUCUGCGAUUUUACGAGUUCCCGAGUUCACAAGUUUCUCGAAAAGCUGGAUUGUUAUGUGUAAAAAUAUGUAUUAAUUCUCUGAUGCGUGUUAUCUAUGAGAUUCAUGAAACCUUUCACAAGAUUAUUAAAAAAAAAAAAACUACGCACAUCCGAGAAUUAAUUAUGGCGAAAAGGGAAAUAUUCUGUCAGUAAAUGAGGUGAAUAUGAAUUAAUUAUAUACGAUUCGCUUUUCGAAGAAAUGAAAAUAUUGAGAAUGGAGUACGUUUUAUAAUAAGAAAUUAGGAAUAAAUGUGCUAAUAUUAUGUUUGUGAGCUAUAGAGAUUGUUAUUUCAUGUAUCUUCUACAAAAAUCUACACCAUAAUUGUUGUUAAUUCCAUUAUUGUUCUUAAUAAUAAUAAGUUUUAUGAAGCAUAUUAUGAAAAUAUUGUUAUUUUACAUUAAUAAUAUCUUCAUAAUACCAGAAAUUUAUACAAAUUUCUCAAAGGAUAUUUUAGAAUAUGUCUCACAAAACAUUAUAUGAUCCAAUUAUUCCUAUACAACAUUAAUAAACUCCUGAUCUUUUGUGUUGUAUACUGUAAGACUAACAAUAAGUGCACAUUACCUCGAGAGAAAGAGAGCUGUUGUUACCCAACAGAGCUCGGAAAACCGCAACCGUUCCGCCGACGUACUAUAAGUCACCGUUGCGAUUAUUUGUCAUAUACUUUUGAUUUCACGUAGUAUUUUUGUUUGCGUAAUAGAGUUGGUCCGCUUUCGUUCGAGAGCGGCGCGAGUAAAAAGUUGCCUGGGAGAAAUAUGUAUGGAACGGUAAUGGGUAAGUGCAACAACCGAAUGCAACUCUAUACACAUUUAAUUAUACUUAAUUUUAAGCGUAUUAUUUUUGCGUACAACACGAAACGGAUAUGCAUUUUUUGCAUAUCUGUUUGCAAAAAACAACUUUUAUUUACUUCCAUGAUAUUCUCUU